GAGGGAGGUGUGACCUCGUUCCUCAUCUUCCUUCCUCAUCAUCAUCCCAUCACGGCGCUCACAAUGACGCUCCUCACGGCGCGCUCAGCAGUAGCAAUGAGGCCGCUCGUUAGGGCUCGCAGCUUGGCUGUGGCUUCCCCCUCAUCCUCGCAGCUGCUGACGCGAAGGACUCUGGCAGCGACCCCGCAUCGCCUCGUAUCGGCCAGCAGGCGCGCCUGCACCAGCAACAGCAAUGCUGCUCAGGCAUCAGCAUCCACCUCAACCUCUCUGGAGGCCCGUCCUGCCUUUGGAGCACCUCACGUAGCCUCAUCGGUCUUUGCACCACUCGACACGUUCGAGGAGCGCCACAUUGGACCACGAGCCAGCGAUGUGCCAGAGAUGCUACAGACGGUCGGGUACAAGACCCUCGACGAGUUCAUCGCAGACGCAGUACCACCGCAUAUCAGGCUCGAGGAGAGCUCAGUCGACCCGCAAGUCAUUCGACCGCUGGCUGAGAGCGAGCUGCUACGUAGAGGCGAGGAGAUUGCUUCGAUGAACCAAGUAUACAAGUCGCUCAUUGGCAUGGGCUAUCACAACACGCUGGUCCCUCAGGUCAUCCUGCGAAACGUUCUCGAGAACCCGGCUUGGUACACGAGCUACACUCCCUAUCAACCCGAAAUCUCUCAGGGUCGCCUCGAGUCGCUCAUCAACUUCCAGACGAUGGUCAAGUCACUCACUGCCCUCGACAUUGCCAAUGCCUCUCUCCUCGACGAGGGUACGGCAGCUGCAGAGGCCAUGAUCUUGGCGUACGGUCAAGCCCGCAGUAAGCGCAAGACGUUCCUCGUCGACCGUUCCGUUCUGCCUCAGACGAUUGCCGUUCUCAGACAGCGCGCCAAGGGCUUUGGCAUCAGCGUCGUCGUCUCUGACCUGCGCACUCAAGGCCUUCCCGCGGAGGACGACGUCAAGCGCGACGACAUUAUCGGCGCCCUCGUCCAAUACCCAGACGUCGACGGCAGGCUGCACGACUGGGCUCCCCUCGCCAAGGAUGUCAAGGAGGCAGGCGGUCUCGUUGUAGCCGCAACGGAUCUCCUUGCUCUCACCAUGAUUAAGCCUCCCGGAGAGUGGGGAGCAGACAUCGCCCUGGGCAACAGUGCCCGCUUCGGCGUACCCCCAGGGUACGGUGGGCCUCACGCAGCCUUCUUUGCCGUCUCGGACAAGCUGAAGCGCAAGAUCCCUGGUCGACUUGUUGGGCUCAGCAAAGAUCAACAGGGCAACGCUGCUUACCGCUUGGCGCUGCAAACGCGAGAGCAGCACAUUCGACGAGAGAAGGCCACGUCCAACAUCUGCACAGCGCAGGCCUUGCUUGCUAACAUGAGCGCAAUGUACGCCGUCUAUCAUGGACCACAGGGUUUGCGUCGUAUCGCUGCCAAGGUGCAUGCCCUGACGUGCGUGGUCAAGCACGAGGUUGAGAAGCUGGGCCUGCGAGUCAUCAACAAGGAUGGCGCCUUCUUCGACACGCUUACCAUCGACCUGGCCAAAGCUGGGAUUGGCGCCGUACGCGUUCACACCGAGGCGGCGAAUGCGCGCAUCAACCUGCGCCGUAUCUCAGACACGCGCGUCGGCAUUACGCUAGACGAGACGGUCACGAUCGAAGACCUCACAAACCUCCUCAACGUCUUCUCACGCAUUGUCAAGGACGGCGCUGACAGCUACAAGGCGGACGACCUCGUACGCAUCGGCAACGAGCUCUCCCUCGACUCCUCGAGUCUGGACGCCCUGCGCAUCGCCUCGGACUCCUUCGAUCGCACCAGCUCCUACCUCACCCAGCCCGUAUUCUCCUCGCAUCGUUCCGAGACCCAGAUGCUGCGAUACAUUCACUCGCUGCAAGCCAAGGACCUUUCCCUUGUCCACGCCAUGAUUCCCCUUGGUAGCUGCACAAUGAAGCUCAACGCCACCAGUUCAAUGGCCCUCCUCUCCAAAGCAGAGUAUGGCGCCUUGCACCCUUUCGCCCCCGAAGAGCAAGCACGCGGCUACGAUGUGCUCAUCCGCGAGCUCUCCAAGGACCUCUGCACCAUCACCGGCUUCCCUGCUGUGUCUCUUCAACCCAACUCUGGUGCCCAAGGCGAGUUCGCAGGCCUCUCCGUGAUCCGCGCCUACCUGGACGCCAAGGGCCAAAAGAAGCGCGACGUCUGCCUCAUCCCGGGCUCGGCGCAUGGGACGAACCCAGCGUCGGCCAUCAUGGCAGGCAUGAGGGUGGUAGCUAUCAAGAAUCAGCAGGAUGGGACGCUCGACCUCGAUGACCUUCGCGAAAAGGCCGAGAAGCACAGUGAGAACUUGGCAGCCUUCAUGGUCACGUACCCCUCGACGUACGGUGUCUUUGAAUCCGGUAUCCAAGACGCCUGUGAGAUCAUCCACAAGCACGGCGGGCAGGUGUAUAUGGAUGGGGCAAAUCUUCAGGCGCAAGUAGGAUUGACAAAUCCUGCAAUCAUUGGCGCGGAUGUUACGCACCUUAACCUGCACAAGACCUUCUCCAUCCCUCACGGUGGUGGUGGACCGGGCAUUGGGCCAAUCUGCUGUGCGGAGCAUCUCGCUCCGUACCUCCCCGGACACCCCUUGGCCUCCACGGGAGGAGAGCAGGCCAUCGACCCCAUCAGCGCUGCUCCCUUUGGCUCCGCCUCGAUCCUUACAAUCUCAUGGGCGUACAUCAAGCAGCUAGGCUGGUCUGGCUUGCGCCAAUCAAGCGCGGUAGCCCUGCUUGCAGCAAACUACAUGGCCGCCCGCCUCGCACCGCACUACAAGUUGCGCUACAAGAACGAGCGCAACCUUGUCGCGCACGAGUUUCUGCUGGACCUCGCGCCUUUCAGCGACCACGUCUCCGUCAGCGAUGUAGCUAAGCGCCUGAGCGACUACGGUUUCCAUGCUCCCACCUGCUCCUGGCCCAUCAGCACCGGCCUGCUCGUCGAGCCCACCGAGUCCGAAUCCCGUGAAGAGAUGGACCGUUUCGUUGAAGCGAUGAUUUCCAUCCGUCACGAGAUCCAGGAUAUUGUGGACGGCAAGUCCCACGCAAAGGACAAUGUCCUCAAGCGCGCCCCUCACACGGCAGCGGUGGUCAGCAGCGACGACUGGGACAGGAGCUACGCGCGCAGCCUGGCCGCGUACCCUGUCGAGGGUCUCAGGAGGAACAAGUUCUGGCCCGCAGCAGGAAGAUUGGACGAUGUGCAUGGAGAUCAGAACUUGGUCUGCGAGUGCGGAGAUGUGGCGCAGUAUGCUGAGCAGGAAGAGGGCAGCGCGACGAAGCGACCGUGAGGCAAUGACGAUGUCUCAUAGGCUGCUUAUGAUUCUCAACCCUCGGUCUCGAUCCAAAGCAAGCGCAUACAUGACGGACUCGCCACGGAACGGCGCGAGCCAGUACCCAGCUUUACUCCCUCGAUCUUCUCUUCUCUCUCCCGUACCACCCCUUUGUAGUCACCGUAGAUCACCCAGCAGCACGCUCAACGCGGCGCAAUCCCCCUUUUUCCCUCUUGCUCCGUAUUCUCGCACCGCCCCAUCAUAUCAUUUGUACCAUCGUUUCAACACACCCAAUGAAGAAGAAGAAUCAACCGCACACC